AUGGAAGUUGGAAAUGGCUGCCAACUGAAGAUUAAUAGUAGAAAAGUUAGCCCCUUCCUUAAAAAGAAUAGUGAGGAAAAGAAGAAUGACCAAAGGGUAGACAAAGGGUCCAUUCACUGGGAUGCUAAAUGGCUUACAAGACCAGCAACCCCCAAAACACCACAGAGUUACAAGCAUGCACAGCCAGCAAAGGAAACAGCCAAACAGAAAAAGCAGCAGGAAGAAAAUGGAAGAGCAGAUGUCUAUUUGAAAUUAGCAGUUCUGGGGGUAAGGCAAAGUGCAGAAAAAGAAGCCAUGAAUGAAAACCACAUCCACAAUGUAAGCUUAAGCAGCUCUGCCACAGAUUUGAGGGAACCACACAUGGAAACCAGAUAUGAGGAGUCAUGGUUACAUCGACAUAGCUCCUGCUCCAUGCAACAAAAAAACAAGCAGGCCCGAAAAGCUGGUAGACUCUUCUCUGGUCUGUUUGCAAUCAAUAUGAUAUACUUGGGCUUUGCUAUGAUAUGCAGUAUGAUGUUUAGCAGGGAUACCAUCAGGGUAGAAGAAGUGCAGAGACUUCUCAUGGUUCUAAUGGUUUUGUCCAUUUUCUGGAUGUUAUACUACCGGUUUGAGACCUCAAAUAGACCCCAUGCUAUUCAUCACCAAGAUGGUAGUGCUGGAUCUAUAUGGCUAAGAGGGUCACUCGUGGGUUUUGGAGGAUGCAGCAUCAUUUUCAAUCUCUUUAAGCUUGGCUAUUUUUUCAGCUACUAUGAGUGUGUGUCUGAAGAGCAAAUAAUCCUCCCUUUUAUAAAUUCAGCAUUCAUAAUUACUCAGGCCCUUUUUCUCUGGUAUCAUUGUAAAGACUGCAUACAAACCCAACACAACUUGACAAGGAAUGGACUGAUGCUGCUUCUGGCCACAAACCUGCUGCUCUGGAUGUUAGGUGUGGCAAAUGAUUCUGUCCACAAGAAAAUAGAUUUAGAAAUCCACGCAGAACAACCAGUCACAGGAAACUCUACCCUGUGCAUUUGUAAGAAGGUAACUACAUGUCAAGUUUUUAAGAGGGGCUACAUUGCUCUUUUUCCCUUCUCCCUUGAGUACUGUCUCAUUUCAUCUGCCAUGGUCUUUAUAAUGUGGAAGAAUGUUGGAAGAACUACAGAGCAUCAAAGCCACCAUGUGCCACCCAAGGUGUUUGUCCAAGGCAUAAUUAUUGGUCCUCUGCUUGGAACAACAGUUAUUGUAAUUGGGAUUGGGGUGUUUGCCAAAUAUCAGAUCCAGGCCACAACAGCCAUAGUACAGACACAAGAUCUAGUUUUAUUUUACAGCUUUAAUAUUGUAAUACUCCCUUUUAUGUCAAUGUGUGCCUUGGCAGGGAUUAUUGUUCAUAGUCUAGAGGAAAGGGAACUUGAUACAGAGGAAAACCCAGCUCGUAACCUAGAAGUAGCGCUGCUCUUCGUUGCUGCCCUAGGUCCAUUUUCAAUGUCAUAUUUCUCGAUAGUUGCAAUUGUGGCAUCUGAUCCCAAAGGGCUGGUUAACAGUCUCAACCUUGCCUACUGCAUAUUCGUAAUUGUGGAGCAUGCUUUGCAGAAUGUGUUCAUCACUGAAGGACUCCACAGGUUACCAACUGAGGAAGAGGAGGUGAAUUCACACCCAAAGCUGGAAGACAAAUGUUUCAGUCCUACUGUAUCCCUCCACAGUGAUAUGGAACUUUUCCCCAAUGGUCACCAUGCCCACACUAUCACAGAAGUAGAAGAACUGACAGUAAUGGAUGGUAAAGAUGGGCACACAGGGCAAGAACAGGAAAAGACUGACUGUUCCUCACACAAAGGAUCUACUACAGAGAUGACAACAGACUCCCAACAAGUGAAGAUUAGAACCUCCCAGUCCUAUUUUCAAACUUAUAAAAACCUUGCUUGGAAAAGGAAGACCCUCAAGGAGAUCUCUGUGUUUCUGGUCCAGUGCAAUAUAAUUCUGUGGAUUAUGUCAGCAUUUGGGUCUCAUCCACAGUUUGAAAACUCUCUGGAAAAAACAUUUUAUGGCUAUUCCACUUGGUUUUCCAUCUUGAAUUUUGGCAUGCCUUUGGGGGUAUUCUACAGGAUGCAUUCCCUCGGAGGACUGGUAGAAGUCUACAUUAAGGCUUAA